AUGUUUUGGGCCAUCAGCCCUGUCCUAGUCCUCCCGAUUCUGAGCCACCGGGUUUUGGCCCCCCCGGUCCUGACCAGCCCGGUCCUGGGCCUCCCGGUUCAGGGCCAUCGGGUCCUGGAACAGCAGGUGCUGGGCGACCUGGUCCUGGGCCACCAGGUCCUGCGCCACCAGGUGUUGGGUCACCGGGUCCUGUCGGCCCUGGUUCUGGGCCAUCAGGUCCUUGGACUCCCGGUCCUGACCAGCCCGGUCCUGGGACUCCCGAUUCAGGGCCAUCGGGUCCUGGGCGACCAGGUGUUGGGCGACCGGGUCCUGGGCCACCAGGUGUUGGACCAGCAGGUCCUAGGCCACCAGGUCCUGGGCCUCCCGGUCCUGGAAGUCCUGGUCCUGGGCUUCCUGGUCCUGGACGUCCUGGUCCUAGGCUUCCUGGUCCUGGGCCUCCUGGUCCUGGACCUCCCGGUUCGUGGCCACCAGGUCCUGGGACUCCAGGUGCUGGCCAACCCUGUCCUUGCGCUCCCGGUGCUGGCCAACCCUGUCCUUGCGCUCCCGGUGCUGGCCAACCCGGUCCUGGGCCACCGGGUCCUAGCUCUCCUGGUUCUGGGCCACCGUAUCCUGGCCCGCCUUGUCCUAGUCCCCCCGAUUCUGGGUCACCGGGUUUUGGCCCCCCCGGUCCUAACCAGCCCGGUCCUGGGCCAUCGGGUCCUGGGACAGCAGGUCCUGGGCCUCCCGGUCCUGGAAGUCCUGGUCCUGGGCUUCCUGGUCCUGGGCCUUCUGGUCCUGGACCUCCCGGUUCGUGGCCACCAGGUCCUGGGACUCCAGGUGCUGGCCAACCCUGUCCUGGCGCUCCCGGUGCUGGCCAACCUGGUCCUGGGCCACCGGGUCCUGUGCUACCGGGUCUUGGCCCCCCUGGUUCUGGGCCACCGUGUCCCGGCCAGCCCGAUCCUGGUCCUCCCGGUUCUGGUCCACCAGGUGUUGGAACACCGGGUCUUAGGCCACCGGGUCCUGGGCCACCGUGUCCUGGCUCCCCUGGUCCUGGCCAGCCCUGUCCUGGCGCUCCCGGUCCUGGGCCACCAAAUGCUGGUGCUGGUGCUGGAGCAAUAG